AUGAAUGCUCUCGAAGAAGAAUACUCAUUUUUGGCACCAACAUGGAAACUACCUACCGUAGCAACUACAUCCAUCUAUCCUACGACUUUUGAUACAUAUUAUCCAUCUUCUGGAGCAGGACUAAAUUCUGAAACUAUUGAUCGAAAUAAUAGAACAUACAAUGCACGAUAUCCUCCUCCUCCUCCUCCUCCACCUAUUAAUCAUCGAAAUCAUCCUCAAACAAUAAAUCAACAACCACCAAGACGUUCAAUACCAGCUGGACCACCUCCUCCUCCACCUGCUCUUCAAAAUCAUCAACAUUCAAAAGAUCAAUAUAAUGAAAAGUCGAAUGUAAAUCUUGAUUUAACCGUCUAUCAUAAUUCUCAUAAUGAAUAUAAUAUGCCAAUACAACCACGAAAUAAUGGUUAUACAAAUCUACAAAUUGAUAAUCGAACAUUAAAUCAUCCACCACCACCACCACCACAACCAAUACAAAAACGUGUACAAAUCAUUGAUCAUAAUCGUCAAACACCAUCAACAGAUUAUAUGUCCGGUAGAGAAAGUCAUAAUUCAUCUCCAUAUAAUAAUCAUUCACCUGAAUCAAAUCAAAAUCAACAAAAAUUUAAACCACGUCAUCAUCAAAACGAUGAUAAUAAAUCUGAUUCAAUACAUUCAAAUGUUCCACGUUCAAAUAAUUUUAAUGUUCAUGAAUAUCUUUAUGGUCUUGCAGUACCUGAUCCUGGUAGUUAUGUAAGUGCAUUUAAAAAUCAUCGACGUCGUUUACAAGAUGAAAAAACUAAUCAAAAAUCAGUUAUGACAGACUAUAAAACUUUUGUACAAAAUGGUGGUUUUGGUCCUGCAUUUGGUAAUAAUACUGAUCAUCUAGCAUUUGAAGAAAAACUUCAGACAGAACGAAAGAGAAAAACAUAUUCAAAAUUAGUUCGUGCAGCAAAUCAAUAUAAAGUUGAAGAACAAAAACGUAUUCAAAAUAAUGGUGGACAACAAAGAAAUCGAGCAUAUAUUGCACCUAUGCCAAGACAUCGACAAAUUGAUGCAACACGAUCGCACUUUUUAUCGGCAGAUGAGUCACGAUUAGGAAUAGUAUGUCGAUAUUCUAUCCUAUCACCAAUAUUAAUAGCGUCAUUACCAACUCGUCGAAAUGUUUCGAAUAGUUCUCUAUUAUCUCAAUCUACUUUUGAUAAAUUUCAUCCUUGGAAUCAAAAUGAUAUAUUAUCAGGCGAAUAUUAUGUUGAUCGAUCAAGUCGAUCAUCAUCAAUUUCAUCUUAUUCUCUAUUACCAAAAAUAAAUCAUGUUCCGUUUUUAUAG